AUGGGAGAAAAGUUGAGAGGCCCUGAUUGGAGCGAUUUGCAUUAUUAUCAAGAUUGUUACCUUGCACAAAGUGUUUCUAUAGGUGAAGUCUAUGCUGGAUUGGAUGAUGGGAUUGACACCAUGAAGAAAGGAGAGUUUGAAGUGGAACUGAUUUCUUGGAUAACAGUAGUGGAUGUUUGCAAAGAUGGUGGAAUUAUCAAGAAAAUUAUCGAGAAGGGGAAAGGGAAUGAUCAACCCAGUGAUCUUGAUGAAGUUCUUGUGAAGUAUCAGAUAACACCAGUAGAUGGAACUGUUGUUGUAGAAACACUGGAAGUGGGACUUGAAUUCUAUGUAAAUGAUGGGAGAGAAGCUGGAAGUGGUUUCCAUUCAAUUCCCCCAGACUCAAUGUUGCAUAUUAAUAUUGAAUCGGUGUCCUUAAAGCCUGUAUUAAAUGUUACUGGUGACUCUAUGGUGAUUAAGAAAAUUUUGAAAGAAAGAGAGGGUGCUUUCACAGCCAACGAGGGUGCAAAUGUUACUGUCAGUUACACAGCUAUGCUAGAAGAUGGAAUUAUAUUUGAGAAAAGAGGAAUUGGUGAAACACACUGUGAUGCGGUGGGAGAACUGACUUGA